AUGUUCGCCAACUUCAAACUGCCAACGCUCAAACAAAAGUCUACAAAAGAAGAACCCCAAUAUUGCUACAGGAGCGUUAAGAGCAAACCGCCAAAAACUCCAACUCUGUCUCGCGUGAAACGACAUCAAAGACGACGUUCGGAACCUGGGAUUGUACCAUCAAUAGUGGGUUUCACAAAAGACUCAGUGGCCCAUGAAUCAGAUCGACUGGCUCCAGGAGAUAGGAUCUGCAGCGUCAACGGCAUAUCAACAGCAAGAUUGACCAAUGAUGAGGUGUUACGACUCCUUGACAAUGUGGAAGAAAGAGCGUCGUUGGAGGUUGAAUAUUACAUGCCUAAUUAUGCAUCCCAAAAUUCCCUAUACAUCACAACGAAGCUAGCAGAGGUUCCUGUAGAGAAGAUAAAUGGCUCCCUUGGUAUCACCAUCCGCGGUGGUCUACCGGAGAACUCAGCUCCUAGUGCAGACCUGGUGCUGAACAGUCGGUCUUUAGACGCCCAACCGCUGGUAGUGACCCAUGUGAGACCUGGAGGUGCUGCGUACAAUACUUCUAGAAUAAAACCAGGAGACAGGCUGUUGAAGGUUGAUCAUGUAUCUCUUACAAACAAAACGCUGUCAGAAGUCCACAAUAUUCUGCAAAAUUGUCCACAAGUGACCAGCCUCACGAUAGAAUAUGACGUGUCCAUAAUGGAGUCAGUAAAGUUGGCGACUGGACCACUCCUCAUAGAGAUCGAAAGGCCUUGUAAUGAGGACCUGGGCCUGUUUCUGACUAAUCAGAGGUGUACUGAUGACGUGUACAGUUCUGGUUCGGAUACGUAUCAGCGGGUUGGGACCUGCAAUGCGAUUUAUAUUGACAGCAUAUUACCUGCUAGUAUUAGUGACAGAUGCGGUGCUCUCCACCCAGGAGAUCAGAUCCUUGCAUUCGAUGACCACGUGAUUGACGGCAACAACUAUACGGCUGAGGAAGUGAUGUGCUACCUUGAGAACUGUGAGGGAGGAUUCACGAGGCUUCACGUUGCUCCACGACACGUGGUCGGCCAUUGUGGAAGGUUCACUAGAGAAAAUUCAAUAUCUGGUACAUCAACGUUGAACGCGAAGAAGCAUCGUCAGAGGAACUACAGACAGAGUUCGAUGCCCAAACUAGGUUUACAAGACGAUUAUGAUAGUCAACAAAAUUACAUGAGUAUGGGAGUAUGCAGAACAGAAUCUCUGAACAUACAGCUGGAAGUUCCACCUGGUCAGAGCUCCGGUUUAGCGGUUCAUGAAGAGAAUGCUAUGCUUAUCAUAUCACAUGUUGCUUCUCAAUCACCGGCUUACAGAUCUGGUUGUCUCCAACUACGAGACAGAGUAAUGUCUAUAAACGGUCACGAGAAUUUAACAAUGGAUGUCGCCAAUGAGAUCCUGCAGCGAAGAAAUGAUUCCCAUAACCCUAAAUAUUUGACCUUGAAUGUGGAAUUCAGUAUGCCUAAUACUAUCGAAGCAUCCAGUGGAGUGUUCAACGUGAAGCUGGCUAAAACCACUGCAGGGUUAGGAGUAACUAUUACAGGGUGCAAGCAAAAGUUGCUAAGCAAUGAAGAACCUAUGGUGAUAUCCGACAUCAAACCAGGAUCUGUGGCCCAUCGAAGUGGAGCACUUGCGCCAGGCGACCAACUUCUUGCAAUUAAUGGGCAACCGCUUCAUAAUCUGUCAUUGGACACUGCCUUCAACAUACUCCAAAACUCACCAGAAGACAUAAUAACCCUAAAAAUACGUAAACGAGACCUAACAGAAGAUUGGUCUAACAUCCACAAACACAAUGCCAAAUUGACUCUUCAAAGCUUUAGUAAUAUAGAAAUAAAAGCUGUUGUACACAGUGGUGAAGAUUCUGGCCAUCAUACUGACAGUCCUAAUAAUAGUGCUAAAGAGAGUGAAAGAAGUCAUGGAAGUAAUGAUAAUGGAAAUACGGCAGUGUUUACUGUAGAACUUAUCAAACAAGAGAAUGGUCCAUUGGGUUUGACUAUAGCAGGAAGCGAAGAUGUGACGCAACCUAUUCUUUUGAGUGGACUUGUUGAAGGUGGUGUAGCAGAAAAAUGUGGUAAACUAGCAAUAGGUGAUGAACUGCUCACAAUAAAUGGUGAAAGUGUUUUGAACAAACCAUUAUCAGAAGCCAUUAAACUAUUGCAACAGAGUGGUCAGAGAGUGCAACUUCAACUGUGUAGAAAAGUAACUGGAUCGCUUGAAAGUGCAGAAUCCAGUGCGAGGGACUCGAGUCAUUCUACGUCGAGCCCCGGAUUAUCAAAUGACAGCGCUGUUGAGUCGUGGGAUCAAAAUACGCCAGUCAGGACCAGCGCCAACUGCGUUUACGUUAUAGGUAAUUCAGAAGUAAUAGAAUACGCAGUGCCGGAUAAGACAAGGAUGAUGGAUAAGCAACCGUACUCGCCAACCGAUGAAGACAAACUCAUGGCUUCCAACUUCAAUUCUGCAGCACCGUACAGCAUCAACGACUUACCACUGCCAAACUAUUCCCUAAACAAUUCCUUGAAGACGUUCCAUUAUGAAAACACAUGUAUCAUUCCUGAAAAUUCUCUGAAGAAUAAACAGAACAUCACCAGAGAGGACGAUGUCCAACAAAUUGAAAUUCUCACAUCAAACAUGAAAGAUUGUCAAUUGCACAAUAUGGAAAGGUCUUCGUGUAAAUGCGAUUACGUUCAAAUGGGCCCGUAUGGGAUCGUGUCACCGAAAACACGAAGACCGAAUUGGGACAGUGAUUAUUUAAAUAAUGGAAUAUAUACGGUGACAACGCCACAGAAAUCACCCUUAAAGCCUGGGGUGCCUGGAACAAGUUUCCAAUUUUCGACGAGUCCAAUAUAUGAAAAUGAAGUCCCAGGCUUGUACAGCACAGAAGCAGUAUCUCCAGCUCGAGGGUCUAUCCAUCACGUCAUAUUGUACAAGGACGCCAUCUACGAUGACUACGGGUUCUCAGUGUCAGACGGCUUGUAUGAACGAGGAGUGUAUAUCAACCGAAUUCGAAAGGGUGGACCCGCUGAUAUUGUUGGCUUGUUGAGGCCGUAUGAUAGAAUUUUGCAGGUAAAUGGAACAAGGACAGUAGACUAUGACUGCUGCCUGACUGUGCCACUGAUCGCGUCUGCUGGCGACAGGCUGGAGAUCGUAGUGCAGAGACUUGUCACAUCCAGGGAACUAAGGAACCAGCAGCGAGCUGACGACAGCUCAAGCCCAAGUGACAGUAGUAUUGUGACUAAGACAAUAUAG